GCUGGUUGAAUUUGUGUCUAUUUUGUUUGCAGCUCUGAUCCGCUCCGUACAGCCCUAUACAGUCAUUGGUACAGCUCUGAGCAGCGCCAGCCGGACUGGACAGAACAUACCGAAGCCAGUUCUCCGUGAAGAGCGAAUCACCUCGGCGCGUUCGUCACAAAUAUAACCACACAGCCAGAAAGCAGCCUAUUCUCCGUCGAUUCAUGGAAUUAUUGUCAGGUGGCGUAGGUUGCAUUUAUUACCAAUUCAGUUCGAUAGUUGUGGCUUCCACCCAUCCUGCCUGAAGGUCACAAGCGGAGCUGCUCAGCACCGACCGCCGCGCCCCUUCAGGACUUCGUCACCCAGGGACUGCAAGGAAGGGACGAGGGGGCAACGAGCUGCAUUAGAGGAGUGAGGGCAGUCUGAGGGCAACAGGAUCUGAAAAGGAAGACUUGGCUGAUAUAGAGGGAGAAGGUAACCCCAGGACUUAAGAGGGGGGGAGGGGGGAGGAGGGGGGGUUAGGUGCAGCGCUGGACUGCAGGACUGAAGGACUGGAUGCUAGCCUCCGUAGGCCCCAGCAGGUCCCAGCUCCCACAGAGAUGGCCUCCAACUUCAACGACAUCGUCAAGCAGGGAUACGUCCGCAUGCGCAGCAGGAAACUGGGGAUUUACCGUCGCUGCUGGCUGGUGUUUAAGAAGUCGUCCAGUAAAGGACCACGCAGACUGGAGAAGUACACUGAUGAGAAGUCCGCUUACAUCAGAGUCUGUCCUAAGGUGACCGAGAUCAGCAAUGUGAAGAAUGUCACAAGGCUCCCAAGGGACACCAAGCGCCAGGCAGUAGCCAUCGUCUUUACCGAUGACACCUCGCGCAUGUUCACCUGUGAAUCAGAGCUAGAAGCAGAGGAGUGGUUCAAAACCCUGUCAAUCGAAUGCCUGGGGACCCGCCUCAAUGACAUCAGUCUAGGAGAGCCAGACUUGCUGGCAGCAGGUGUUCAGUGUGAACAUACAGAGCGUUUCAAUGUGUUCCUACUGCCCUGUCCUAACCUGGACAUCUAUGGGGAGUGUAUGAUGCAGAUCACCCAUGAGAAUAUCUACCUGUGGGACAUCCACAACCCUCGCACCAAACUGGUCACCUGGCCUCUCUGCUCCCUGCGCCGCUACGGACGAGAUGCCACGCGCUUCACCUUCGAGGCUGGACGGAUGUGUGACAGUGGAGAAGGCCUGUACACAUUCCAGACGCGGGAGGGAGAACAGAUCUACCAGAGAGUCCACUCCUCCACCCUGGCCAUCGCUGAGCAGCACAAGAGAGUUCUGAUGGAGAUGGAGAAGAACAGCAGAUUGUCUAAAGGUUCUGAGACGGGCUCCUACCCCUGUACACCCACGGCCAUCCUGCCCCGCAGUGCCUUUUGGCACCAUAUCACUGGCACUCAGGGGGGCAUGGACCCAGCCCAUGGUGACAUGUUUGGUGGUUCUCAGACUGGCGCUGAUGCAGACCUGCUCUCCACCCGACUGCCCUCAGAGCCACGCCACUCUACCAUGCCCCUGGCACACAGCCAACACUCCCCCGUCCGCUACCCCACCUACCCCAGCCAGUGAUCCCAGGGGUGCAUUGCAGACCCCUAGCCUCCUCCACCACAACCCUACUCUGUACCCGAACACUCCUCCCAUUCUCCUUUCUCUGCAGCGCUCACCUCGACUCCAAGCCCCCUCAUCUACCCUCCAGCCAAUCAGGUUGGGGUGGGGUCAUAGGACCUACCCUAAAGCUGGUAGCUCUGUGAAGCAGGACGUGACAGCGCCUCUAGUCUUCUCUUCAAAUGCUGGUUACCUGAAGGAACUUCAACCUCCAGAAUCCCUCACUGUGGGGUCAAAGUGCAUUGUGUGAGCCGGCAGUGGCAUGUUGCCUCUUAGUGAGCUGACAUUGUGGCAUGGUGCAUCGCUCUCUACUCUGCUGUGGGCAUGGAGGAGGAACAGAGGAGGAUGGGUGUGAGCUGUAAGGAUGUGAUUUAGUGGGUGUCCUCUCUUCUAACCCCUGUGAAAUCAUGUUUUUUUCUGGCGGGUUUCACCUCAACCCCCUUCGCGAAAGACCUCUACUUGUACCUCAUGCCAGCUCUUAGCAAAGUUCAAUGUUACGGGCUCAGGACGUCCCCAUAUAGCUCUUAUUGGGGGUCAGAACAGAAGGACCCCUUCCUACCAUCCAGCUCCAGCAUGAUAAUGAUUGUGGCGCUAGCUCCAACCCAUAACCUCAAUCUGACAGACGCGUAUGUAAGACAACAGUUUCCUCCCAAGAACUGGCCUUGGCUUCCAAGUCUGUGUGUGUGUGGGUGGAAGAGAGACUGUCCCUGGACUACCAUCCAAACAAACACCUGGUCUAAUUCCACAGAGAAACAAUGGACCACUUACUUGUCUUUCAUCUUUCUUUCUUUAAAAAAAAAAAACUUGUAGCAGACAUAGCUGACUUUGCCUUGUAUUCUGUUCUGUCUGAUAAAGAAAAUAGACAUAGAUUUUUCUGGGAGGAUAGAGAGAGGCGAGGGAGGGAGGGAGGGCCACAUGCCUCUGAAGUCAUGACUUCGUUUGUUGUUUUCUCUUGGUUUCCUGCCAUUGGGUUGUGAAGACAUCCAAGGCUGUUCAUAAUGGUAGUGGAACCCUGUCCUCUGUGUGUGUACUGCAUGAAUGGAAUACACAGUUACUGACAUAUGGCCACUUUAAAACCAAUGUUAAGAGAGAAUUUAGACAUGGUAAAUAAUUAACUAGAUUUAAAAAUGUAAAUGUCACAAAGAUGUAGCCACUCCCUCGAACCUCAUCAUUGUUGUGGAGGUCCACGGUCUGAGGGAGACACCACGGACUGUGUCAUAGUGUGGCUCCUCAUUGAGUUUCCUGUCAGGCACAAGAGUAUAAUGAACUAGUGAAGUUGUGAUAAUCAUUAUUAAUGUCCCGUGUUUGUAGUUUCACAGACUUUCUGGUGUGUGGGGUGGGUUACCGCCUGACCAAAAUGGCUCUUGACAUGUUUGCACUUGAAGAUAACAUUUUUUUUUAAAUGUGUUUUGAUAAAUCAGGAGGCAUUGCUCUUAAUUUGGGUCAUGUGAGGGAUAAGCACAGAUCUAGGGCGGGUCCAUAUGUUACCUGCCUCAGAGGACCCUCACAUGGAGUCCUUUUAUUUUAGGGCUGUAGCCUAGAUACUGCUGGUGGGUUAGUUAGUAGAUGACUUGCACAAAGAGAGAAAAACAUGUAUUUAUAGCUGGGAGUACAGUAUAAAACCUGCCCUCUACAGAGUUCUUACAUAAGAUUGGGUUUACAACUAAUAAUACUAAUUAUUUAAACCCAUCUCAACAUUGGCGUAUUUGAUUGACUAUGAACUAAGAUUUUCCAACUGUGUAUUUAUUUGUGACACUUGGAUAUAACCCAGCAAAUGCACCCUGUAGUGAGAUAUAUAUAUAUAUAUACACACACACACACACACACACACACACACACACACACACACACACACACGUUUUAAUGACUUCAACGUAAGUGUAUGUAAACUUCCGACAAUAUACAGUUGAAGUUGGAAGUUUACAUACACUUAGGUUGGAGUAAUUAAAACUCGUUUUUCAACCACUCCACAAAUUUAUUGUAAACAAACUAUAGUUUUGGCAAGUCGGUUAGGACAUCUACUUUGUGCAUGACACAAGUAAUUUUUCCAACAAUUGUUUACAGACAAAUUAUUUAACUUAUAAUUCACUGUAUUAAAAUUCCAGUGGAUCAGAAGUUUACAUACACUAAGUUGACUGUGCCUUUUAAACAGCUUGGAAAAUUCCAGAAAAGGAUGUCAUGGCUUUAGAAGCUUCUGAUAGGCUAAAUGACAUUUGAGUUAAUUGGAGUUGUACCUUUGAAUGUGUUUCAAGGCCUGCCUUCAAACUCAGUGCCUUUUUGCUUGACAUCAUAGAAAAGUCUAAAGAAAUCAGCCAAGACCCCAGAAAAAAAACUGUAGACCUCCACAAGUCUGGUUCAUCCUUGGGAGCAAUUUUCAAAUGAUUGAAGGUACCACUAUUGUACAAACAAUAUUACGCAAGUAUAAACACCAUGGGAGCACGCAGCCGUCAUACCGCUCAGGAAGGAGACGCAUUCUGUCUCCUAGAGAUGAAUGUACUUUGGUGCGAAAAGUGCAAAUCAAUCCCAGAACAACAGCAAAGGACCCUGUGAAGAUGCUGGAGGAAACAGGUACAAAAGUAUCUAUAUCCACAGUAAAAUGAGUCCUAUAUUAACAUAACCUGAAAGGCCGCUCAGCAAGGAAGAAGCCACUGCUCCAAAACCGCCAUAAAAAAAGCCAGACUGGUUUGCAACUGCACAUGGGGACAAAGAUUGUACUUUCUGGUGAAAUGUCCUCUGGUCUGAUGAAACAAUAAUAUAACUAUUUGGCCAUAAUGACCAUCGUUAUGUUUGGAGGAAAAAGGGGGAGGCUUGCAAGCCGAAGAACACCAUGCCAACCGUGAAGCCCGGGGGUGGCAGCAACAUGUUGUGAGGGUGCUUUGCUGCAGGAGGGACUGGUGCACUUCACAAAAUAGAUGGCAUCAUGAGGCAGGAAAAUUGUGGAUAUAUUGAAGCAACAUCUCAAGACAUCAGGCAGGAAGUUAAAGCUUGGUCGCAAAUGGGUCUUCCAAAUGGACAAUCACCCCAAGCAUACUUCCAAAGUUGUGGCAAAAUGGCUUACAGACAACAAAGUCAAGGUAUUUGAGUGGCCAUCACAAAUCCCUGACCUCAAUCCCAUAGAAUAUUUGUGGGCAGAACUGAAAAAGCGUGUGUGAGCAAGGAGGCCUACAAACCUGACUCAGUUACACCAGCUCUGUCAGGAGGAAAGGGCCAAAAUUCACCCAACUUACUGUGGGAAGCUUGUGGACGGCUACCCGAAACGUUUGACCCAAGUUAAACAAUUUAAAGGCAAUGCUACCAAAUACUAAUUUGAGUGUAUGUAAACUUCUGACCCACUGGGAAUGUGAUGAAAUAAAUACAUCUCUCUACUAUUAUUCUGACAUUUCACAUUCUUAAAAUAAAGUGGUGAUCCUAACUGACCAAACACAGGGAAUUUUUACUAGGAUUAUAUGUCAGGAAUUGUGAAAAACUGAGUUUAAUGGUAUUUGGCUAAGGUGUAUGUAAACUUCCGACUUCAUAUAUAUAUAUAUAUAUAUAUAUAUAUAUAUAUCACACACACAGUAUAUCACCACUGUUCAAGUUAUUGUACAUGAAGCUUAUAAAAUGAGGUAAUUUUCGAAUCUCAUUGACAAGGAUGUUUUGGUAGGGACAUUGUGUAAUGCUAUUUAUUUGAGUUGGCCAGAGUGGGACAGUCUGUCUAAGGCUACUUAUUAAAUGCUGGAAUCCAAUAAAACACACAUUUACACUUUCAGUAUUAUUUAUCUCCUGUUAACAUAAAGGGCUAAGCUUUUUGUUGAACAUUAAUCUUUACCCUAUGUAUUGUGUGACUGUAUACAUACAUGAGUUGUUGUUGCUGCCCUCUUGGGCUCUUGUAUAUACAGUACAACUAUUUAUUUCACAUCAUGUAGUCUCUAGAUGUGUGUGUGAGAGCGUGUGAUGUGUAUGUUCUGUGACAGGGAUUAUUUGGGGGACGUUUCUUUGAAAUGCAUGCACUCAACACAUUUUUAUACUGUGUAACGAUGGCAAGAUUGAAAUGUUGGUGGACUUGUUUGUCCAGCUAUGUGGGUGAAGAUUUUCAGAGACGAUUACUCGGCACAGGGAAAUAAAGAUCAAAGAUUCACCUGA